AUGGAGCUGCCGGAGGUAGACUUCCUCCAGGGGCCCCAACACUGCUCAGCAGCAGCAGCAGCAGCAGCAACAGCAGCAGCAGCAGCAGCAGCACGUGGUGCGGAUGGAGCUGGAGGCGCUGCUGUUGCUGCUGCUGCUGCUGCUGCUGCUGCUUCCAGUAUCUGCCCAGGCCGCGACCCUGCUCUUGAAACAGACGAAGAGGACGCUGAGGCUGCAGCAGCAGAAGCAGCAGCAGCAGCAGCAGCAGCAGCAGCAAACGCAUUCAUAGCAGCAGCAGCUAGCGGCAAGAGUUGCACAGCAGACGAGCUGCUGCAGUGGCCUCCGCGGUCGGUGUUGUGGCGGGAGCGCACAGCAGCGGAGAUUCUGUCUGCUGCUGCUGCUGCUGCUGCUGCGGCGCAGCAGCAGCAGCCGCUGCAGUGGCAGCAGCAGCAGCAGCUGCUGCUGCCGCUGCACGAACCCGCCCUCGAUAGGGCCCUCGGGGGGGGCCUCCCCACAGGCAUGUUGGGGGAAGUUUGUGGAGCAGCAGGAAGUGGCAAGACACAGUUUGUGUUGUCAGUUGCUGCUGAGUGCGUGCUGCAGCAGCACCUGCUGCAGCAGCAGCGCCAGCAGCUGCUGCACUGCAGCAGCAGCAGCAGCAGCAGCAGCGGCGGGGUGGUUUACUACCUGCACUCGGAGGGGUCUUUCCCUGCCGGGCGCCUCGGGGAGCUGCUGCUGCAGCGGCUGCUGCGUCGCUCUGCAGCCAGCAGCAGCAGCAGCAGCGCAGCAGCAGCAGCAGCAACAGCAGCAAAUCUGCUGCAGCAGAUCCUGGUGGAGGAGAUCAGCUGCGAAGAAGAACUUGUCUCCUGUCUCCUUUAUAAGCUGCCAAGACUAAUUGCUGCUAAGGGCCGCGUGUGUCUGCUGGUGGUGGAUUCUGUUGCUGCGCUGCUGAAGCAAGGAGAAGCAGCAGCAGCAACAGCAGCAGCAGCAGCAGCAGCUCGCAACAGCAAGCUCGUCAGGCUUGCUGCGCUGCUUCGCAGAGUUGCUGCUGAACACAGCUGCUGCUGCCUCGUCGUCAACCACGUAGCAGCAAGAAUAGCUCCAACUCCUGCAGCUGCUGCUGCAGCAGCAGCUGCUGCUGCUGCUGGGCAGCGCUGGCAGCAGCAGCAGCAGCAGCAGCAGCAAAUAGACUUCGAGACAGAGGAUGCCAAGAGGCGUCGUCUGGGUGACCCACAGCAGCAGCAGCAGCCGCUGAUGCUGCAGCAGCAGCACGACUGGCCCCCAGCUGCAAACAUGGCAGCAGCAGCAGCAGCAGCAGCAGCAGCACGAGCUGCUGCAGCAGCAGCAGACCCUCCGGGGGACCUGCGCGCUGCGCUGGGGGAGGUGUGGGGCAGCUGUCUCCAUUACCGUCUCUUUUUGUCUCGAAUAUUUCCGCGCUGCAGCAGCGCAGACGCUGCUGCUGCGGAGGACUUUGCUGCUGCUGCUGCUGCUGCUGCUGCUGCUGCAGGCCAGCAGCAGCAGCAGCAGCAGCAGGUGUACGGACAGCUGGAGCGCAUGCGUUGCAUGCACGUUUUGUUCGCCCCACACCUGCCCCCCUCAGCAACUCCUUUUGCCGUCACAGAGGCAGGAGUUGUUGAUGCCUAG